UAUUUUAACAUCGAAAUGGAUGUGGCUGUUAGAAAUUCGCUGAUGAAAGAUUAUGUGAAAAAAUUCUACACGAUUUUUCGAAUACUGGAAGUGACUGGGUUUUGUCGGUUUAUCAUAAGAAAGGGCAAGAUUGUCGAAAGAAACAGGGGUACAAACUUGUACAACAUCUUCGUUCUGAUAUUUGCUAACUCCAGUGCCAGUUAUCUUUUGUGGUUCUCAAACCCUACGGAAAAGUACCUCAGUCUGGUGGAAUAUAUAGCAAUCAUCCAUUUCACGGUUUUUGCUAACCUCCUCAUAUCUGAUAUUACCUUCGGUGACAGAUACAGCGGACUAGACCUGAUUCUUAAUAAUAUAGAAAUCGAUACGUUACUCGGAGCUGAAGAAACAGAUUUUAUGCGAGAAAUAUCAAUCAAGUUGUACAGAGUUAUUGUUAUUGCGAUAGGAUUUACUCAAGUGUUCGUGGUAGCUUACAUGUAUUAUGUUUUCCACGUAUCCAUCGCGAUACAUGUUGUAGGCAGUGCGUAUUUCCUGUGGAUAUUUUUCGGCUAUGACGAAUUUUGCUUCUUUAUUUAUUUAUAUUCGUGCCUCACCGAAAGGGUUCGGUUCUUGAAUGUAGCUUUAAUCAAAAUAACUAAGAUCAAAACGGAAUACAUACCGAAACAAAUGCUUUUUCACAAGAUAUUAUGGAAGGAUGAAUUUGAUGAGCGAGUGACGUUCCACACUAGAUCCGACACAAAAGAUUUUUGUAUUGUUCUUAAAAUGAUUUUUGAUCAACUACGACGGAUUGAGAAAUGUUUCAGUUUUGCGCUCGUUUUAGGUGCGGUAACCGUUGCAAUUGGUUCUAUGGUAGCAGUUCAAACGGUCAUCAUGUAUAUUAAAACUUCAGAAACAAUGAUUAUACGGGGGACCGCUAUGCUAGGCUGGUCAGGAGCGAGUUGGUUCCACCUGCUUGUAAUAAGCUUCCAGUCUGAUUUGUUCUUCAGGCAAAUAGAACAAACGAAGCUCAUUUGCGCUUAUAUACAGUUGAAACCGAACAGUCCAGUGGAGAUUUUAAAACUGACGAAAGACAUAUUGAACCUUUUGGAAGUUCGCGAUGCCCGUGUAUCAGUAUACGGCAUGUUCUCUUUCAACACUGGUUUGGUGCUGAAAAUUGCAGCUUCAACCUUCGUGUACAUCACAGUUCAACUUCAGCUAGCUUUUCCCAAUUUAAGAGAAGUGCACAAAAUUCAAAAUGUCUCUUUAACUCCCCCCGAGUUUGAUUUCGAUCCAAAGAAAGUGAAGGAAUUUUGGUUCCUGUAAAAAAAAUCUACGUUUACUGUUUCACGAAAAUAAUGUACUAGAAUAAAAUAGAAAAUUCAAUUGUGAGUUUAAC